GAGCUGCGGCCCGGAGUCGGGGUGCCUCGCCCCGGGCCCCCCAGCAUGAAGACCCCGGCGGACACAGGGUUUGCCUUCCCGGAUUGGGCGUACAAGCCGGAGUCGUCCCCUGGCUCGAGGCAGAUCCAGCUGUGGCACUUCAUCCUGGAGCUGCUGCGGAAGGAGGAGUACCAGGGUGUCAUCGCCUGGCAGGGGGACUAUGGGGAAUUUGUCAUCAAGGACCCCGACGAGGUGGCCCGGCUCUGGGGCGUCCGCAAGUGCAAGCCCCAGAUGAAUUAUGACAAGCUGAGCCGGGCCCUGCGUUACUAUUACAACAAACGCAUUCUGCACAAGACCAAGGGGAAAAGGUUCACCUACAAGUUCAACUUCAACAAACUGGUGCUGGUUAAUUACCCUUUCAUUGACGUGGGCCUGGCCGGGGGUGCAGUGCCCCAGAGUGCCCCUCCUGUGCCAUCGGGCGGCAGCCACUUCCGCUUCCCUCCCUCAACACCCUCUGAGGUGCUGUCCCCCACCGAGGACCCCCGCUCGCCACCCGCCUGCUCGUCGUCCUCGUCUUCCCUCUUCUCGGCUGUGGUGGCCCGACGCCUGGGCCGAGGCUCAGUCAGUGACUGUAGCGAUGGCACUUCCGAGCUGGAGGAGCCGCUGGGAGAGGACCCCCGGGCCCGACCACCAGGCCCUCCUGAGUUGGGUGCCUUCCGAGGGCCCCCGUUGGCCCGCCUGCCCCAUGACCCUGGCGUCUUCCGUGUCUACCCCCGGCCCCGGGGUGGCCCUGAGCCCCUCAGCCCCUUCCCUGUGUCCCCUCUGGCCGGGCCUGGCUCCCUGCUACCGCCUCAGCUUUCCCCGGCUCUGCCCAUGACGCCUACCCACCUGGCCUACACGCCCUCGCCCACGCUGAGCCCUAUGUACCCCAGUGGCGGCGGGGGCCCCAGCGGCUCAGGGGGAGGCUCCCACUUCUCCUUCAGCCCUGAGGACAUGAAACGGUACCUGCAGGCCCACACCCAAAGCGUCUACAACUACCACCUCAGCCCCCGAGCCUUCCUGCACUACCCUGGGCUGGUGGUGCCACAGCCCCAGCGCCCUGACAAGUGCCCGCUGCCACCCAUGGCGCCGGAAACCCCACCGGUCCCCUCCUCAGCCUCAUCUUCCUCCCCAUUCAAGUUUAAGCUCCAGCCGCCCCCGCUGGGACGCCGGCAGCGGGCAGCUGGGGAGAAGGCUCCAGUGGGCACUGACAAGAGCAGUGGCAUUGGCAUUGGCAGUGGUGGCAGCGCAGGUGGGCUGGCUGAGGGGGCGGGGGCGCUGGCCCCACCGCCGCCGCCACAGAUCAAGGUGGAGCCUAUCUCGGAAGGCGAGUCAGAGGAGGUGGAGGUGACUGACAUCAGCGAUGAAGAUGAGGAAGACGGAGAGGUGUUCAAGACGCCUCGUGCACCCCCGGCACCCCCUAAGCCCGAGCCAGGCGAGACAUCUGGGGCCUCUCAGUGCAUGCCCCUAAAGCUGCGCUUUAAACGGCGCUGGAGUGAAGACUGUCGCCUGGAGGGGGGUGGGGGCCCCACUGGGGGCCUUGAGGAUGAGGGUGAGGACAAGAAGGUGCGUGGGGAGGGCCCUGGGGAGGCUGGGGGUCCCCUCACCCCAAGGCGGGUGAGCUCUGACCUCCAGCAUGCCACAGCCCAGCUCUCUCUGGAGCAUCGAGAUUCCUGAGGGAUGCUCCCCCAUCCCCAAUGCUUCUUUUGCUGCCUUAACUCCCCUGUGCCCUGGAGGUGAGGGCAGCUCUGGUUUCUUCCCUGCCUCCUCCCUUUCCUCUUCCAUGUUUUGUAUAAACGUUAAUUUCUUUUUUU